AUGAUCAUCGAUCCAAAGAUAGAGUUGCGUGAGCUACACUCCUCUCCUAUUACUCCCCUAGAUUACACAACCAUCACUACUUGCGAUGAGCUCUUGUUUUAUGACGAACGGUAUGGGAAGAGCAGGACAGCGCUCUGGAAUCCCUGGCUAAGACAGGUUAAAAUGAUACCUAGUAAAGAAGAGUUCAGAGUUUUCGGCUUAGGGUACGAUAACAGUAGACCAGAAAAGGUUUACAAGAUCUUGGGCUAUUCUUAUUGUCGCCACAACGAGGGAACUGCGAUCUACGAUUGUGCCUCUCAGGCGUUGAAAUUUAUUGAUACACCUGAGAAGAACUGGCUCCUGAGUCCAACAGCUGAACGAUCAAAAGUGUCCUUGAAUGGAAAUCUCUAUUGGAUUACUCUUAAUGACGAGACUCGUGAGCACAUCAUCCGAAGCUUUGAUUUCUCUACCGAGAGUAUCUUAACCUUUUGUCUCCUUCCAUGUCAGAUUAACUAUGUUCUUGAUGAACUUCUCGUCGCAGUUUUUAAGAGAGAUGGGUUUUUGUUGCUAAAGCAAAGCUAUUCAACAAAGAAGAUUGAGAUUUGGGUAACAAAGAAUAAGAUUGAUAAAGAGGAAGUGGUGUGGAUAAAACUCAUGACCUUGACAAGUAGUAACUUGCCAAUCCUAUUUAACAAUUUGUGUAGUUACUUCAUCUAUGAGAAGACCCUCUUCAUGUGUUGUGGCUACAAUAAUGCUUGCAUCUACAUCAUGAGGGGAGAUACGUGCAAGAAGUUUCAAAUACAAUAUGGGAUUGGGAUUUUUGUGUGUCGUCACUGUGUUUCCACUCCCAGUUUGAUCUCGGUUCCUUUGUUUAGUGGUUAG